AAGAAGAAGAAUAAGGUUAAGUCUGUUUUGACGUUUGGCGUUGUAUUAAUUAUUUUAUGUAGUGAAUUCUUCAUAAUAUUGAAGUAGAAUGGGGCCCAAAAAGCACCGUAAGCGUGACAGUUCGUCCUCUAACGAUAGCGACUCGUCGCGCGAAAAAUCUUCAAAAAAGUCACAAAGUGAACAUCACAGAAGCAAACAACAACAUUCAGGAAGAACCAGGAAACAGAGUUCGUCCGAUGAGUUUUCAUCGUCCAAACCAAACAGGAGUAGAUCUAGGUCGAAUGAGAGGAGGAGAAAGAAUGAGGAUAGAAACCGAUCUGCUGAUAAUACAGGUCAUUCAAGGGAUAGAAAUAGAGAGAGGUCGAGAGAUAGGGAUGCGAGGCAAAACAAUUAUAGAGAUAGAAACAGUAGUGAUGGUAGAUCGGAUAGAUAUGAAUCAAGAAAUAGGAGGGGAAAUGAUUUUAGAAGGAAAGAUUUUCAUAGUAGGAGAAGCAGGAGUAAAUCUUUUGAUCAUGCUAAUGCCAAAUGGGGUAAACAUGAAGAACAUACUGGAGAUAAAAAAAAGUCAAAGGAAAAUAAGGCAAAACCAGACUUUGGUCUUUCUGGGAAGUUAACAGAAGAGACUAAUACAUAUAGAGGGGUUGUUAUUAAAUACAGUGAGCCUCCGGAAGCUAGAAAACCAAGAAGAAGAUGGCGACUGUACCCAUUUAAAGGCGAUAAGGCACUUCAAACUUUAUAUAUACACAGGGAAAGUGCUUACCUUAUUGGACGAGAUCGAAAAGUAGUAGACUUACCUGUGGAUCAUCCAUCUUGUUCCAAGCAACACGCCGCCCUACAGUAUCGAUUGGUGCCAUUCACCAGAGAAAAUGGAUCAACUGGUAAAAGAGUUCGUCCGUAUCUGAUUGAUCUCGAGUCCGCCAAUGGCACCUUUAUAAACAAUAAAAAAAUCGAACCGAAAAAGUAUGUGGAACUAUUGGAAAAGGACGUAAUCAAAUUCGGAUUUAGCUCUAGGGAAUAUGUGCUGUUGCAUGAGAACAGCAAAGACGAGGCGAUGGACGAUGACGUGAAGGGCGAGGAAGAAAUCAAGCAGGAGCCUGAGGUGGAAGUUAAAGGGGAACGUGAAUAGUAUAAGUUUAUAUUGUAUGCAUUUAGUUGGUUAAGUAAUUAUUUUUUUAUUAGUUCUGUGUGAGGUUAAAUACAAAAAUUGUUAGGAAAAGUG